CACAACUUCACUGGAAGAGUGGUAGCAGGUGCCACUGGUAGGAACACCAUGGCUGGGGGUGUGUGGGGCCGGGGCCGAGAUGGCCCUGUGGGGUCCCUAACUCUGACAGCUCUAGCUGAAGGAAUCCGGGCUAACCAGGGGCAGCCUGUGGGAUCCUCUUCUACAGGCCCUCAGGCUGAGCCCCUGGAGCUUGAACCUGAGGCUGAGACCUACAUUCAAACACUCACCCCUGCCUCUGAGGGCCAGCCUGAGAAUGAAGUGCAACCCCCCACAGCGGGCAGUGAGAACUGUUCCCCACAGGAUGCCCAGGAGCCAGGCCCUGAGAGACCCUACCAGGCCUCCCAGUAUUCCUGGGAGGAAGGAGCCUUGGCAGACCUUGCCUUGUAUACAGCUGCCUGUUUGGAGGAGGCUGGUUAUGCCGGGACCCAGGCAACUGCGCUCACUCUGUCCUCAGCCCUGGAAGCCCAGGGACAACGACUGGAGGACCAGGUCCACAGUCUGGUGCGUGGGCUCCUGGUACAGGUACCUAGCCUGGCAGAGGGAAGACCGCGGCGGGCAGCCCUCCGGGUGCUGAGCGCACUGGCUCUGGAGCAUGCGCAGGAUGUGGUGUGUGCUCUGCUACCCAGUUCACUACCCCCAGACCGGGCAGCCGCUGAGCUGUGGCGAAGCCUGAGCCGGAACCAGCGCGUAAAUGGGCAGGUGCUGGUGCAACUGCUGUGGGCACUGAAGGGCACGGCGGGUCCUGAGCCUGGGGCACUGGCAGCCACACGCGCUCUUGGGGAGAUGUUGUCAGUCUCUGGCUGCGUGGGAGCCACUCGAGGCUUCUACCCCCACCUGCUGUUAGCACUGGUCACACAGCUGCAUGAGCUGGCUCAAGGUGUUCAUUCCCCUGAGAGCCCUAAAGUUUGGGAGCCUUCUCACCGAGGGCCACCUCACAGUCAUGCCAGCUGCACAGUGGAGGCCUUGAAGGCCCUGCUCACAGGGGAUGGUGGCCGAAUGGUGGUCACGUGUAUGGAGCAAGCAGGAGGCUGGAGGAGACUGGUAGGAGCCCACACGCACCUGGAGGGUGUCCUGCUGCUGGCCAGUGCCAUGGUGGCGCAUGCCGAUCACCAUCUCCGAGGCCUUUUUGCAGACUUGCUUCCUCGGCUACGAAGCACCAACGAACCGCAUCGCCUCACAGCUAUGGCCUUCUUUACUGGGCUGUUGCAGAGCCGGCCCACUGCACGACUCUUACGGGAGGAUGUCAUCCUGGAGAGGCUUCGAACUUGGCAGGGCGACCCAGAGCCCACCGUGCGCUGGCUAGGCCUACUUGGUCUUGGCCACCUUGCAAUGAAUCGUGGGAAGAUAAGGCACGUGAACACGCUGCUGCCGGUACUCCUUAGAGCGCUGGGCGAAGGCGACACGCGGCUCGUGGGUGCUGCACUGGGCGCGCUGCGGAGACUGCUGCUGCAGCCGGGAGCACCGGUGAGGCUCCUCAGCUCUGAGCUGCGACCACGCCUCCCGCCGCUACUGGACGAUGCUCGGGACUCUGUCCGUGCUUCGGCAGUGGGACUCCUUGGAACGCUGGUGCGGCGGGGUCAGAGAGGGCUCCGGUUGGGGCUUCGGGGACCCCUGAGGAAAUUGGUGCUGCAGAGUCUGGUGCCGCUGUUGCUGCGCCUACAUGACUCCAGCCAGGAUGCUGCUGAGAGCUCAGAGUGGACAUUAGCUCGCUGUGACCAGGCCCUUCGAUGGGGCCUGCUGGAGGAGAUGGUCACUGUGGCUCACUAUGACAGCCCUGAGGCUCUAAGCCGUGUCUGCCACCGCCUGGUUCAGCGAUAUCCAAGCCAUGUUAAGCAUUUCCUGAGUCAGACCCAGGGCUACCUGCGGAGCCCACAGGACCCCUUGCGCCGGGCCGCCACUGUGCUCAUAGGCUUCCUCGUCUAUCACGCUAGUCCCAGCGGAGUCAGUCAGGACCUGUUGGACUCUCUGUUCCAGGACCUAGGACAGCUGCAGGGUGACCCGGAGUCUGCGGUUUCUGCGGCAGCGCACGUGUCUGCCCAGCAGGUGGCGUUGCUUGCUCGGGCGCAGGUCCGACCACAUCGCCCCAGCCUCUUACGCUUCAUCCGCCAUCACUCAUAUCCUGCAAGGCCCCAUCCACUCUAUGACGAUAGUCCAUUCCUACGCCGGAGCCGUGCAAGCCGAUGGAACUGCCCUGAACCUCGGUGAACCAGGCCUGGUAUCCAGAUGCACGUGCACACAUUAUCCAUGUCGUCACCAAUCCCUGCUCCAGCAGAUCCGCAGAAGUCUAUUCAAACGUCACCCUGGGCCUAGUGCUGGACACUGGUGCUCACUGCCCUGUAACUACUUUCUAUGGGCCCACCGUGUGACAACUGUGUCGCCGAUGGCACGUUCCAUCUAAAGUCCCUUCUGUAGUCUUGGUCCAUCUAUUUAUUCUCUGCCAGGCGAGUUCUGUCAGCUCUCUGGAGUGUGCCCUCUGCUCUAGCUUGGACUUGGCACCUGUCCUGGAUAGCAUCUGCUUCCCAAGCAAGGGUCUGAUGGAGGUACUGAAGGUGAUGCCACCGUAGGCUAUCCUGCCCCCUUCCUAGGGUUCAGUAUGCCUAGUUGUACCUCUCAUGGCUCUCAUAGUCAUGUCAGUAGCCUGUCAUCUCUGUUUCUUCUUCCAUUCUCUAUUCCUUACAGUUGUCCCGGCUUAUGUCCCCUAUGUUCUUGAGGUUAUGUUGUCCAGAGGCAUUGACCUGCUCUCCUGUCCAUACCUGCUGUCCCUACUCCUUUGGAUAACCAAUCCAUUUCCUACCCACCUGAACAAUGGUGUUCUCUAGAAGGUAUUUCUAACAUCCCUUUAUGCUGGAGAGCCCAAGCAGGGAUUGCACCCGUGGGUUGAAAUGUGGGAAGCAGGCACUCCGCACCCACCAGACUGUGAAUGGGUAUGUCAUUACCCAAUGUCCUCCUGUACAGGACUCAAAUGGGAAGGCAUAGCUGGAUAGACAGGAAGAGCCAGCCAUAGUUGUGACCUCACCCCUCCAGGCGCUUGGCAUAGGCAGCUUCCUCCACUUAGAAUGCCUACCCUGGAAUGUCCUCAGGCUGCAGGAAGGGCCUCCUCACAAACACAGGAUAUGCACAGGGUGAUAAUGAGCAGGAAGCUGUUUCCCCACCUUGGAGUCCUUUUGGGACAAGCAUGGGAUCCUACUUACUUAGCAUCUACAUGGAAUGUGUUCAAAAUAAAUAUGAAUGGCUGGCAGUGGUUGGCCAACCGUCUUAGAAAGUGUGGCUGGCAGGGGUUGGCCAACCGUCUUAGAAAGUGGUGGGAUGAACUGCUGCUCAGGAUUCAGCUUGGCUCAAGGUGAGCAAGGCAGUAUGCAGCAAGACUAAUGGCAGGGGCCGGGGAGCUGACUCAGUGGUAAAGGGUACUUUGGAUGCUAUAGUUCCAGCCCCAGGACUACCAACUUCUGCAGAAAACCCUCCCACUGAAAGUCCGGCAGCUAGGGGCUAGAGUCUGACUUACGCUCUCCCUCCAUUUCUUUUCUUGUUUUUGCUUUGUUUUGUUUUUUGUUUGUUUGUUUUUUGAGAUAAGGUUUCUCUGU